ACGAAGACGUCGCAUCGGCUUCAAGUAAUCUCGUGUGCGGUUUGUCUGCGAAACCGGUAAUAAUUCGAUUCGCUGUGAUUUUUGUGCAGUGCUGCGAGGAAAACUCGGAAAAACCGCGCGUUUGUUUAGCGACUAGCAGAAAUGCGCUGUUUCCUGCCCCUGGUGGCCCUGCUCCUGGCAGCUGGGGUCCACGCGGAUGUCUCCCACCUGGACACGGAUCUCCAGGAGGAUGGCUAUCACUACAAGCAGCCGUCGGUGCCGUUUCCGCCUCCGGGCUCGGGAAAUGGCAUUGAGGACGGGGGCAUAGGCCCAGGACCUGCUCCUUCGGCUCCGGCUCCUUCCUAUGGACCACCGCAGACUCAGCCACCUCGUCCUCCCCCGCAGCCAACUCCUACGGCUCCUGGUCCUUCGUAUGGACCUCCCCAGACGCAGCCACCGCGUCCUCCACCGCAGCCAACUCCAACGGCUCCUGCCCCGUCUCCUUCGUAUGGACUACCGCAGACUCAGCCACCACGUCCGCCACCGCAGCCAACCCCCUCGGCUCCUGCUCCCUCUCCAUCUUACGGACCUCCCCAGACGCAGCCACCUCGUCCUCCGCCGCAGCCAACUCCCUCGGCUCCUCUUCCUUCCUAUGGACCUCCCCAGCCGCAGCCUCCAGCGCCGCAGCCUCCAUCGCCGCAACCCGGACCGGAGUACCUGCCUCCAGAUCAGCCUAAGCCGCGUCCGACGCCUUCGCGCCCUCUGCCGCCUCCACCACCACCACCGUCGAGGCCGCAGCCCACUCCUGGAUACGGUCCACCACCACCACCUCCAUCUCCACCAAGGCCACAGCCCACUCCUGGAUACGGCCCACCACCACCACCACCAUCUCCACCAAGGCCACAGCCCACUCCUGGAUACGGACCACCACCACCACCUCCUUCUCCACCAAGGCCACAGCCCACUCCCGGAUACGGACCCCCUCCUCCGCCUCCAGGACCUGGACCUCGCCCACAGCCAGGAUCCGAGUAUCUGCCGCCUCCUGGGGAGAAUGAGGUGACCCCGAGUCAGCCGCAGCCAACUGCUCCAGCUGCACCACCGGCUGGACCCACUUAUCAGCCACGCCCACCUGCACCAGCACCACCAGCACCCGCACCAGGACCCACCUAUCAGCCACGCCCACCUGCACCUGCACCACCAGCACCCACUUACCAGCCACGCCCACCUGCACCACCUGCACCUGCACCAGGACCCACUUAUCAACCACGCCCACCUGCACCGCCAGCACCUGCACCAGGACCCACUUACCAGCCACGCCCACCAAGUCCUCCUGCCCCACCUGCACCCACCCAGGAGUACGGACCACCACCCACCAGUGGUGGCGAUGAGGCGGGAUCCCUCGGACCCGAUGGCUACAACUACAACAAGCCUGCCAAACCCUUUACCUUCUAAAAAAUACUCAAGACCCCUGUCCUGUGAACCACCAUUGGACCCAACACCCACCACCCCGCCACUCAAAUCUUUUUCCAAAUAAAAACAUAUCUCAAAA